AUGAGUGGCGCUAUCGGCGCAUUUCUCGGCAACAUGAACGAACCUCCCGACCAUGCCCAGCUCAUCAACGAGAUGCCUCGGAUCGAGAGGCUCGAGAUCAGCGAGCGGCUUCAGCUGGCCCAACGACUGCGGCGGAUUCAGAAGCAGGCGGCCGAUCGUCGCGAGAAGCAGCUUCCACCACCACGGCCGCGCAACCCACGACUUCGGUUCAGUCCUCACGUCGCGCUACUCGAAGCGACCAGUCGCGGCGCCUUUAACGAAGUCCAGGAGCUCCUGGCUAACGGGGCCGACCCCAACUCUCACAACGAAGACGGGCUUACUCCACUACAUCAAGUAAGUUUGGCUUCACGGCUCAAAGUAAGAUCUUUUUACUUCUUUUACACUCAAAACAGUAUGGUCAAGUUAUUUUGAGAGAAGUUUGACCUUUUAAGCUUAUUAUGUCACUGUGGUUAACAUACAGUAUAGUCACCUUUCAUUUCCAGUGUGCAAUCGACAGAAACCCCAGAAUCGUUGAGCUUCUACUGCAAUAUAGAGCAGACGUAAAUGCCACAGAUACCGAGCUAUGGACACCGUUACAUGCUGCAGCGUGUUGCGGUUACAGUGACAUAGUAGCCAUUCUGAUACAUCAGUAAGAACUUUUAAUUACUCUUCUGUAGUGAUCGUAUAUUAACCUGUCAAAAGUAAAAGGUUCAAGCUAUAAUAAACAUUGAUCUUUAUGCUUUUUUUGACCAAUUAGUACUAGUGUACUAGUCCUGACUGAACAACAACAAUUUUAAUAUGACUAUUUCAGUGGUGCUGAUCUACUGGCAGUAAACGCCGAAGGCAACAUGCCAUAUGACAUUUGUGACGAGGAAGAGACCUUGGACCUGAUCGAGACCGAGAUGGCCAACAAUGGCAUCACUCAGGAGUACAUCAACGAACGACGGUCACAGCCCGAGACCAAGAUGUUGAACGACCUGAGAGACCUGCACGGUCGACAACUGCCCAUCAAUGUUCGAUACCCAGAUGGUUCGACCUAUCUUCACAUCGCUGCAGCUCAUGGCUACACGACUGUAGCCGCCUUCCUGCUUCGAUGUGGCGUGAGUCCAUUCGAUCGUGACAAUGAUUGUUGGAUGCCAAUUCAUGCGGCCGCUAAUUGGAAUCAGCCGGAAAUCAUCGAAAUGCUGGUCGAUUACGGGGCCGACAUUAAGGCCAAGACUGGUAACGACGAAGCACCUCUAGGUAAGUACAAUAAAGUUAAAAUUACUCAAUAAUUCCAACAGAAUGCAAAGUUUUAAUAAUUAGCAUCUAACCUUUCACAAUUCAAUUUCAGAUCUGGCUACCGACGAACAGACGAAACAAGUGAUACAGCAGCUACUACAACAUGAAGCCCGCAAGAAACGGAUGGCAUUUGGAGUCCGUGACAGUCGAAGGCAGUCCAGAAGGUAACGUUUCCCCUCAUUAUAUUGAUGUAUCUCUUUAGAAGAAACAAGUUCGAAUCUCCUCAACAACCUCCAUCACCGACCGGUCAGGUGGACAAUCCAUUCAGUGCUCGAGGUGCCAUCAGAAGACAGUCUCUCCGAGACCGGUCGGGCGUCACGUUGGCUAGACUAGAAGCUCAGAAGGAACACACUAACCUCAUGAAGUCGUGGAGCAAAGAAGACGUCUCUAACGCGGUAGGUGGAAUCAAUAGAAGGCAAUAAAAGCAAGCUUCAUACAAAUAAGGCCUUAUAACAACAAUUAGUACAUCACCGUUCGUUUAAAGAAAAUGCAGCAAAACAUCAAUCCUCACUAUUUUCAAAUUAAAAUAAGCUUAAUACAAACUAUUUCAUAUUGUCAGCCAUAAACUUUAUAGGAAGACCCAGCGAACGCUCCACAACGAACUCAAUCCCUCUCUGACACACGACGAGAUUCCCCCAACAAAAGGAUAUUAUCCAAGUCGAACAAGACAGGUAAAACAUAUGGUGGUGGCAAUGAGUGGACGAAGAAGUUGGAAGCCGACAGAAACGACGACGAUGAAGAAACCGGCUUCAAAAGCACCCAUUCGAGAGGAUCGACCGUGCGGAAAAAGAAGAAGGAACGACAAGGUAAAAGUAAUUAACUAUGCAAAUCUGUUUAAAAAGCUGCUUAAACCUUCGUAUAAAUCAGUAUGGUGGCUAAAGGCCAACUAUCAUAUAAUAAGAAAGAAUCGUGUAUUAAAAACCUUAACUUGGAGUACGUGAAACGUCACCUCUAACUUGUUGCCUUUUCAGAAAUGGAAAUGAGUUCCCCUUCCCCCACCUCAACCACCGCUCUCAAUGGAAAACCGGGUAUUUAUGGCCGUUCCGAGAAAAAGAUAUGUUGUUGUAGUAUUCUGUGA